AACAGCUCCAGUGACGGCGCCCCAUAAUGAGGUGGACAGCGCGGGGACGGAGCCGGGGCCGAGAACGCCUGGAGAGUUCUUUCCCCGCAUCCCCCGGAUAGCCGCCAUCGGGAAAAUAAAUGCGUUGACUGGAUGCCUGGUCUGUCGAGGUUCGGUUCAUGCUCCGUUUUCUGACAAGAGACCCGUUGCACGAGCGUUGAAGAUAUCGGAUUGAUCCUGCCCACUGCGCUUGCCGAAACCUCACCACUCUCCCACGUCCCUCUAUCCCUCUUCCCCCCCCCCCCCCCACCAGUCCUCAUCCCCGCAGCCCACAGCCCACCAUGGCUCGCAAGCAAAAGUCGCCCGUCUACGUCCUGGGCGUGGGCAUGACCAAGUUCAUCAAGCCCCGCGGCAAGGUCGACUACACGGAGCUCGGCUUCGAGGCCGGCGUCAAGGCGCUGCUCGACGCGCAAAUCACCUACGACGAUGUCGACCAGGGCGUCGCCUGCUACUGCUACGGCGACAGCACCUGCGGGCAGCGCGUCUUCUACCAGUUCGGCAUGACCAAGAUCCCCAUCUACAACGUCAACAACAACUGCUCCACCGGCAGCACGGGGCUGGCCAUGGCCCGCACCUUCAUCGCCAGCGGCGCCGCCGACUGCGUCAUGGUCGUCGGCUUCGAGAAGAUGAUGCCCGGCAGCCUACAGACCUUCUUCAACGACCGCGAGAACCCCACGGGCACCACCGUCACCAUGAUGGCCGAGACGCGCGGCUUCGAGCCGGCCCCCGGCGCCGCCCAGAUGUUUGGCAACGCCGGCCGCGAGUACAUCGAAAAGUAUGGCGCGAAGCCCGAGGAUUUUGCCGAGAUCGCUCGCGUCAACCACGCCCACUCGCCCAAGAACCCCUACUCGCAGUUCCAGCAGGUCUACACCCGCGACGAGAUCAUGGCCGCCCCCAAGAUCUUCGAGCCCCUCACCAAGCUGCAGUGCUGCCCGACCUCGGACGGUGGUGCCGCCGCCAUCCUCGUUUCCCAAGAGUUCCUCGACGCCCGCCCGCAUCUCAAGGAGCAGGCCGUCGAGAUUGCUGGCCAGUGCCUCGCCACCGAUGCCCCUAGCCUCUUCUCCCGCAGCUCCAUCGACCUCAUGGGCUACGAGAUGACCCAGCACGCCGUCAAGACGGCGCUAGGAGAGGCUGGCAUCACGACCAACGACGUCCAGGUCGUCGAGCUGCACGACUGCUUCAGCGCCAACCAGAUGGUCGUCAUUGACGCCCUCGGUCUCAGCGAAAAGGGCAAGGCCCACGAGCUCGUUCGCCGCGGCGACAUCACCUACGGCGGCAAGUACGUCAUCAACCCCUCGGGUGGCCUCAUCUCCAAGGGCCACCCGCUUGGCGCGACCGGCGUCGCCCAGUGCGCCGAGCUCGUCUGGCACCUGCGCGGCUGGGCAAACAAUCGCGCGACCCCCAAGACCAAGCACUGCCUGCAGCACAACCUGGGCCUGGGCGGCGCCGUCGUCGUGACCGUGUACCGCCGCGCCGACGGAAAGGAGGCGCCCAGCCUCGAUUCCGCGACUAUCGGCAAGAAGAACGGCCUGGGCUACAACCCGGCUGUCGAAGCCAAGGGCUUCACGGCGAAGCAAGCCGCCGCCGCCCGUAGCCAGGUCGCGGCGAGCGAGUGGGCGCUGCAGGACACCUUGGAGAAGGUCGAGGCGCGUUUCUAGCAGGUUCCAGCUGCGCGUAGGGAUGGGUGAUGGGGAAGAUUAGGCUGUACUUAUACCACGCUGCGUGGCGGCACGGUUCCUGUGUAUUUACGUGUAUGUAGCGAUGAACAAAAG